GCCAAUGGCUAUCACAAGUGCAGCUGACUUUUGCUUUAACCAACCUCCCCCGGUGUAAAGCGCAGCGUCUUCUGGUGUAAAAGAAUCCAUCGCAUUCUGAUUCAUUCUCUCUCUCUCUCUCUCUCUCUCUCUCUCUCAAUAAUACAUGCACAAAUAUUGUAAAGAUUUUAUUAGAUUAUCUAUGUAUAGAUUAUGAGCUGACUCAAGAGUUGUUGUCCACUGUGAUCUAGUUAUUGAUGGCUGAGAGCGGAUCGUACAAUCUAGGGUUCCGGUUGGAUAUCAAGCAGAUACUAUCGGAAGCCCAAAAUCGGUGGCUGAGACCUGCUGAAAUUUGUGAAAUUCUUAGAAACUAUGAAAAGUUUCAUAUUUCACCUGAGGCUCCAAACAAACCAGUUAGUGGCUCUGUUUUUCUUUUCAAUCGUAAGGUCUUAAGGUACUUCCGGAAGGAUGCCCAUAACUGGAGAAAGAAAAAGGACGGGAAAACUGUCAAGGAAGCACACGAGAAACUGAAGGUCGGAAGUGUUGACAUGCUGAAUUGUUAUUAUGCCCAUGGAGAGGAUGAUGAAAAUUUUCAAAGGCGCAGCUACUGGUUGCUUGAGCCGGAUCUCAUGCACAUAGUGUUUGUCCACUAUUUGGAAGUCAAGGGCAAUAAGACAAACAUCGGCUAUGUUAGAAACAGUGACAGAGUUGUACCGAAUUCUGAAAACGAAAGCUCAUUAACUUCCAGUUUCCGUGGAACAAGCCCAACCAGCACCUUGUCUUCAGCAUAUGAAGACGUUGAAUCUGACAGCAAUCACCAAGCAAGCUCCACACUUUAUUCAUAUUCAGAAUCUCCAUUGAUUGAUGAUACUGCUCAAUCAAGCUCUUAUAAUCAACUUUUUAAUUCAGGAAAUCAAAAUGUUUCUGUCCUGAAUUACUCAUCUCUUUUGGGGGAUAAUAAAAGUGGCGGGGGCAGUCCUAUAAAUGGGGCUCAAAUCACGGACGGUUUGGCAUUAUGGCAGGAAGUUCUGCCAGACCCUGAUGCUGGAGAGAUUGCGUACGAGCAGGAAUCUCAGUGUUCUCUGCCUGCCCAGGACAAUUGGCAGGUUCUUAAUGCAUUGCUCGAUCAGAAAUCUCUUCCUUCAGGUCAAGGGAUUGAAGUGGGCCAAUUUUGCAGAAAUCCGGAUCUGAAAGAGCAAUCUGGACAAAGAAAGAUUCAAAUGUUCAUCUCAGAUACAGAUACUGGAAAUGCAGCAGAUGCGGAUAUGGAGGAUGGAAUGACAGUGACAGGAAGCGAAAGCUACUUUUUCCACCUGAGAAAGCCUCUAAUUAAUGGGUUGCAAACAGAGGACAGCUUGAAGAAAGUUGACAGCUUCUCAAGGUGGAUUGCAAAAGAAAUUGGAGAAGCCGGUGAUCUAGACAUGCAGUCAAGUAAUGGAAUUUCUUGGAGUAUUAUGGGAAGCGAGUAUGACCCUACAAUGUCAGCUCAGCUGCAAGUGGAUACUCACACACUGAAUCCUUCAGUUUCUCAGGACCAGCUUUUUACUAUUAUUGACUUUUCACCUAGCUGGGCUUACUCAACUUUGGAUACAAAGGUCCUCAUUACUGGAAAAUUUCUUAAGAGUGGAGAAGAGUUAUCUAGAUAUAGAUGGUCCAUUAUGUUUGGAGAAGUGGAGGUUCCGGCAGAAGUUUUAGCAGAUGGUAUUCUUUGUUGCUGUGCUCCACUACAGAAUCCUGGACUUGUCCCUUUCUAUGUAACUUGUUCGAACAGGUUGGCUUGCAGCGAAUUACGUGAAUUUGAAUAUAGGUCUGGAGCAGACCAAAUUAUUGGUUCUGUCAAUGUAAAUGGAGAUAAUGCUAUUGUGAUGCAUCUCUAUCAAAGAUUUGAGAUGAUAUUGCACCGUGAACCUGUUGGAAGUCCUAUACAUUCUGAUGGAAAUGAAUUCGAAAGACUCAGUGUAACCGAUAAAAUAAUUUCAAUGAUGGAGGAGAAUGACCAGGAGGCAGAACUUUCAGAAAAUCAUGGGUCACAUCCGAAGGUGAUCGGGGAGAUGCUCCUUGAAAAGCAGCUAAAAGAAAAAUUUUACUCUUGGCUUCUUAGCCGGGCUGCUGAUGAUGGUAAGGGGCUUACAAUGAUUGAUGAGAGAGGUCAAAAUGUGUUGCACCUGGCUGCUGCUCUUGGUUUUGAUUGGGCCAUCCAGCCAAUAAUAGUGUCAGGAGUUAGCAUAGAUUUCCGUGAUGUGAAUGGUUUUACAGCACUUCAUUGGGCUGCAUUUUAUGGCAGGGAGGACUUAGUUGCUGUCCUUGUAUCUCUUGGUGCAUCUCCUGGAGCACUGACUGAUCCGUCUGCUGAAUACCCACUGGGUAGAACUCCUGCAGACCUGGCUUCAUCUAGUGGACACAAGGGCAUAUCUGGCUUCCUUGCCGAGACUUCCUUGACAUCGCACCUCUCAACUCUUAGGGUAAAUGAUAGUGGAACCACAGAAGUUUCUGUAUUUGAACCAAUACAGACAGUUUCAGAACGCUUAGCAGUUCCAAGAACUGGAGCAGAUGUUCCAGAUGCACUUUCGCUAAAGGAUUCACUUGCUGCAGUAUGUAAUGCUACACAAGCAGCGGCUCGCAUACACCAAAUUUUCCGUGUUCAGUCUUUUCAGAGGAAGAAGCUUAUUGGACAGGAGUCUGAUGAGUUGCUGAAUCCUGAUACUAUGUCUCUUUUAGCUCCUAAAACAUCGAGACUUGGUCAUUCUGAUGGUAUGGCCAAUACUGCUGCUCUACAGAUUCAGAAAAAGUACCGCGGUUGGAAGAAGAGAAAGGAAUUUUUACUAAUCCGUCAAAAAAUUGUUAAAAUACAGGCUCAUGUAAGGGGCCAUCAGGUAAGGAAGAAAUAUAAACCCAUUAUCUGGUCAGUGGGAAUAUUGGAGAAGGUGAUUUUACGGUGGAGACGCAAAAGGAGUGGAUUGCGUGGGUUCCGAUCAGAUGCAGUCCAGAAAGAACCAGAUGCGCAGGGCAGCUUGCCACUACCAGCACCGGAAGAUGAUUAUGACUUUCUAAAGGAAGGAAGAAAACAAACUGAAGAAAGAAUGCAAAAGGCGCUUGCUAGGGUCCAAUCGAUGGCUCAACAUCCAGAAGGACGAGCUCAGUACCGUAGGCUUCUAACUGCUGCUGAAGAGUUCCGUGAAAAUAAGGAUGGUUCAGAUAUGUUGUUGUUCCCAGAAAUGAUGAGCGCGGAGGAGGAUCUAAUCGACGUUUCAAGUCUAUUGGAUGAUGAAACGUUCAUGUCUCUUGCCUUCGAGUAAGUGCGUCCAUUAUAGUCCCUCUAACUAUGGAAAGACAUCACAGUGAAUUAGUACGUGUAGGUUUUGAGAUUGUAUAUAUAAUAUACACACAGGUAACUUAUAGGAUGUGUAAUUAUUUCACAGUUUUUUCUUUCAAGACCGCAGAUAGCUGCUUGCUUUCCAUGAAUCACCUGUCUUUUUACUACGUAGACUAUACUUAAAAUCUUUUCUGCUGUUAAUAAAUAUUCAAUGUUUUUACA